AUGCAGCGUACCAGAGUUAAAGACAUUUUCGAUCGGGAGACUGCCGGCGGAGAAGUCCUGGUGCAGGGCUGGGUCAAGACCCGGCGUUCUUCGGGCGCGGUUUCCUUCAUCCAGAUCAGCGACGGGUCCACCCUUAAAGACCUGCAAAUCGUGGUGGAGCAGUCGUCGCCUGAUUACCCCCUUGUGGAAACCCUUAAUACUGGGUGCAGUGUUUGCGCUACCGGGGAGUUGGUGGAGUCCGAGGGCCGUAACCAGAAGUACGAAGUAAAGGCCAGCAAGCUGGAAGUCCUGGGGCAGGCGGACCCGGAGGAAUACCCUCUCCAGAAAAAGCGCCAUACCCUGGAAUUUCUGCGGGAGAUUGCGCACCUGCGGCCGCGGACCAACACCUUUGGGGCCAUGGCCCGGGUACGCAACACCAUGGCUUAUGCCAUCCACAGCUUCUACCAGGAACGGGGCUUCCAGUACAUCCAGACCCCGAUGAUCACCGCCAGCGAUGCCGAGGGCGCCGGUUCCAUGUUCCGGGUCACCACCCUGGACCUGCAGGACCCUCCCCGCCAGAACGGCCUGGUAGACAGCACCGAGGAUUUCUUCGGCCAGCCCACCUAUCUAACCGUCAGCGGGCAGCUGGAAGCGGAGAUUUUCGCCCUGGCCCUUUCCGAUGUGUAUACCUUCGGCCCCACCUUUCGGGCUGAGAACUCCAACACCUCCCGCCACCUGGCCGAAUUCUGGAUGGUGGAGCCCGAGGUGGCUUUCUGCGACCUGGACGGGCUGGCCGAGCUGGCCGAGGACUUCCUGAAGUUUGUUUUCAGCCAAGCCCUGGACAAGUGCCCCGAGGACAUGGCCUUCUUCAACCAGUGGUACGACAACACCGCCAUCUCCACCCUGGAGGGGAUAAUCAACUCCAGCUUCGAGCGGCUGACCUACACCGAGGCGGUAAAGCUGCUGGAAAGCUCCGGUGAGAGCUUCGAGUUCCCCGUGUCAUGGGGCCUGGACCUGCAGUCGGAGCACGAGCGGUAUAUCACUGAGAAGCGGGUGGGAAAGCCCGUGGUGGUUACCGACUACCCCAAGGACAUCAAGGCCUUCUACAUGCGCAUGAACGACGAUGGGGAGACGGUGCGGGCCAUGGACGUGCUGGUACCGCGCAUCGGCGAGAUCAUCGGCGGCAGCCAGCGCGAAGAACGUCAGGACGUCCUGCUGGACCGGAUGAAGCAGGCGGGCCUGGACGCAGAAACCUACUGGUGGUACCUGGACCUGCGCCGCUACGGCACCGUCCCCCACGCCGGUUUCGGCCUGGGCUUCGAGCGCACGGUGCAGUUCGCUACAGGUAUGCAGAACAUCCGCGACGUUAUCCCCUUCCCCAGGACGCCCAAUAACGUGGAGUUUUAA